UUAGUCCAUUGUCUUGAUAGCCAUCGCCGGCGCCGCCAUCGCGAAGGUUGCAAUCUCUUAGCAGUCUUGACUCGGCUCACCACGCAAGUACUUAGUGCACAGUCUUGACGCAGACUUGGCUCAGUCUGUUUACGUCCGCGCCGCUGCUACCGGCUCCUACCAAAUGCCACCACGCGCAGACAACCAACAACACACACGACACACAUCGCCGGUACACACAGUUUGAGUGCAGCGCACAUCAGCAUUAGUAACACACGAAAUUUAAAUUCACUUUAGUCACCAAACCACAAACGUUCACAUUUAUGGUAUAGUUGUGCAAGAAUUAUAAUAGAUUUGAUGUAUUGUUAAAUAAUUAUCUGGUGACUAUGCGGUUGUUCACAUCGGUGAGUUUAUGGUGGUUUGCGUGGUUGCUGCAUCUCGCCGCCGGGCAAAACUCCCCAGCGCCUCCACCAGGAGGGUAUUACACCACUCGUUACGACCACAUCGAUAUUGAACACAUUUUAAAUCAGAAACGCUUGGUGCAUUACUACACAGAGUGUCUUCUGGAUAGAGGACCUUGCACGCCGCAGGGAAUCGAGUUCAAACGUAUACUCCCGGAAGCACUAAAGAACAAUUGCUUAAGAUGUACAGAAAAACAACGUUUCGUCACACUGAAAAGCAUCAAACGCUUGAAAAAAGAAUAUCCAAGUGUCUGGGCUGAACUAUCAGCUCUCUGGGAUCCUACAGGCGAGUACGUCCAAAGGUUAGAAGAUUCUUUCAACCGCAAAAACAAUAGAUCUCCCGAAGUCCCCCAAACGCCAGUGACAAACAAUCAGGUUCAAUCCGAUGCCAUUAAUGACAUUACCGCAUCAAAACCAUCACAACAAGUACCAAUAUUCACGCGAUUUGAUGAUGAUUCUGUGAAGAAAGUGCAAAUAUCCGAAAGUCUACCCUCACCAAAACCCCAAGUUCAAACGGUUGCAAAACCAUCGCCAACAAACCUAUCUACGACUACUACAACUUCCGGUCGAGUUUCGGAACAGUACCAACCUGGUAAUAUAAACACCAUCAAAACAACUACAAAGAGGACUUUUUCAACGAUUUUACAAGAUCGCAUAUCGGCGACGACAACUCGCAUUUCAUAUAAUUAUGAUUUUGGUGUGACGGUACGGCCACUUCAUCAAAUUCCAGUCACUGGAAUCAAUAUGGUCAUCAAGGGGGUGAAUACUAUUAUUCAGCCGAUAACUGACAUUGCUGGCAGAGUGAUUACGGCGGAAUCCUUCAAUAUUCGCACACCUGCAUACACAAUGCCAGACAUAAUGUAUGCAUGUGACCACGUCUCCAAGUAUUCGGAUGGUGAGCAAUUAAUUAGUAAAUAUUAUGACGGUGUGGGCAUCGAAUUCAAUAAACUCGAACGAGUGCUUCUACCCAGAACGCAAUCACGUGAUCACUUUCCUCGAUGGCCGCGGCUGUUUAAAUACCGCCGCGAUUCGCUGCGUCUGCAAGACAUCAGAAUGAUUCUCUCGUGGUACGUCGUCGCCGUCUGCGGCCUCCUAGCGCUCGGCGAGUGCGCUGAAUACACCAACAAGUACGAUAAUGUCAACGUUGAUCAAAUCUUGUCGAACAACCGCGUCCUUUCAAACUACAUCAAGUGCAUGAUGGACGAAGGGCCGUGCACACCCGAGGGACGCGAGCUUAAGAAAACUCUCCCAGAUGCCUUAGCCGGCGGAUGCGAGAAGUGCAAUCAGAAGCAGAAGGACACCUCCGAGAGAGUUAUCAGGCAUUUGAUUAAGCACCGUGCCAAGGACUGGGAAAGACUUGCUAACAAGUAUGAUCCACAGCGUAUAUACAGGCAACGGUUUGAGAAGCUACUGUGA